AUGAAGUUCACUCUUCCCCUCGCCGUCACCGCACUCGUCGCGGCCAUCCGCGUUGUUGCUCAAACCUGCGGCGGUUCACUUCAAUGCUGCUCCGAUGUGGGAGAGCCGGGUGCAAACCCAGCGAUUGCAGGAGCACUCAAGAUCCUCAAUGCCGAGGAUCUGGCCCUCACGUCAGCUUAUACCUCGUUUGGGCUCACCUGCGUUUCAAGCUCGCAGAUCACCACAUGCUCUGGGAUCAGUGCUUGCUGCACCGGUCCUCUCGAUCUUGAGAGCGUCGUAUCGCUGGGGUGCACGCCCAUUAGCUCUUAA